GCGCAGCGGGAGGAGCGACAGCAACGAAAAUGGCGGCGGCUGCGGCCGGAGGCGGGGAGCGAAGAUGGCGGCGUCAGCCGUCGCGCUGGCGGCCGCGGGGAAGGGCCGUGUUCUCCCAUCGGCGGGGUGUCCGCCGCCGUCUCUCCGUUUCCCCCUGGGCAGCGUGUAGCCGCUUCGCCCUCCCGUCGUCGUCGAGGGGGAAGGCUGAGGCGGCCGGUCCCAGAGCCCCGUCGCUCUCCUCCACGUGAAGGGGAGAUGGUCUCGGAGUAACCCAGGUACCGGCCCAGUAACACAGGUGCCGGACCAGCGGCAGAAAGCAGAGGUUCCUUUUAGAUGAGGGACAGGCUUUCUUAAAACAUUAAACAGCCUUGAUUUAAUAGCAGGUAUGAAGAACACUCUACACUCACCUUUACAGCUUAGUAAGCGAGUCUGUGUAAAAUAUUGCCUAGUGUGUGAAUAACAGUGGAUUUUAUCUGUGCUCACCCCAUGCCCAAAUAAAAAAUAAAAAUUAUUUACAGAUAACAACAAAUAAAAAGAGAUGAGCUAUUGUUUUAAGCUCAGUAGGCCUGCACAGUUAGGGCACCAGAUGCUUAAAGCAUGCAGAGGUGUACUAAGCUAGAGUUAGGUAGCAGAAAACUUGAGCUUACAAUAUGCCAGCUUUCUCUUUAUUUUCCUGAGUCUAUUGUAAUGACUGACAACUGUUCAUCAUAUUGCCAUUGAAUUUUGCAGGCCAACAUGCCUGCUUUUCAUACCUUUAGAGUGACAGUAGCCAUGAAAAUAAACACAGCGUCUACUUAUUUCAACUGAUAAAUCCAUUCCAAGCUGUUAAAAUUAUCCAAAAGUCAUUUCAAGAAAGGAGCGCUCAUUUUCUUUGUGUAGUUAAACUGCUAACAGUUACUAAUUCUUCAUUUAAUUUAUCAGAUAAUGCAAAUAUUUUUCUUAACUCCAGCAGUAGUUUCUGUUCUUAGUAAUUUCUUUUCCAUUUCCCGUUAUGAAAACUCCUUUGUGAAUAUCCAACCCACUGAAACCAAUUGCAAAUGUACCCUUAACUUACUGGAGAUCAGGAUUUCAGAAAUUAAUUUUACACAUCUAUACCUUCGCAAGUUGCUCUAACAUCAAAGAAUUGACCAUAGCAAUACUGUCUGGCUUUUCCACAGAUUUUAGCAAUCCCAGAAAAUAAGCAUUAGUUCAAUUUAGGAAUAGAGAAAUGAAUUAGAAUUGGCUUGUAUUGCUAAACAUUCAUCUAAAAUAGUUUUAAAACUUAAUCAGAAAUUACAAAUACCAGUGCUGUAUCAGUGAAGCCUUUAACAUACCUAAAACAUUAUAAACAAUUGAAAUUUGAGCUCUUGGCUUCUCUGUUUUUAAGUAAUAUGGCUAUGAACCAUUAAAUUUUCAUCCAAUACAGAUAGGGCAGAAACAUAACUACCUGUAAUUGGAUGGCCAUGGCUUUUUUUAAAGGUAAAACAGUGGUUUAGAAUGCUAUCUUUCUGCCCUCCAAAGUCCUCCUGGUGUUUGAGAUUAAUUUGUUAGGACAGCUGGGACAAUUUUAGGUAGAUAGUGAAGUUGUUUUUGAGGUACCUCAAAUUUUCAUUCCUUUGCAGAUGUAAGGAAGUGUUGAUGCUUCAAAAUGGGAUUAUUAAAUAAAUAUAUAGGUUGUCUUGCACCUUCUAUUUUAGUAUAAUAAAUCCCUACCCCUCACAUCCUACCCUUAAGGUCUGUCUUAGUUCUGUUCCCAAAUCCUCCUCCUUUCCCACCUAGUCUAGUAGCUACCAUGAACACUUCCGCAACUAGCAUAAAGACUUUGGAACAGACUGUACCAGGCUGCAUGUGGCUGGACUGGAAACAGGGAUGCCAGACUGAGAUGGAACAAAGACAGUGUCAGUGUACAGCCCUACUUGAGCUAAGCCUAUCAUUCAGAGAUUGUGGAGUAAGCCAUACGUCACCAGGUAAUCAGCAGACACUUGAUUAUAUGACUAAGUGAUAAAAAUUCUGUGUCCUGUGACCUGAAAGUUGCAUUAGAUUCCAGGAAAUUGUGUAAUUCAAGAGAGGGUAAUAAGUUUUCCUCUGGAUAUAUAAAAAUACUUUUCAUAAUGUUUUAUUUUGACUGGGAAGUGUUAAUGCCCUGCUUGAAGCUAAGAUGGCACAGUAUCUUUCUGACAUAUUUAUGGAAGGGAAGGAUGGAACAAACUAGGAAUGAUAAAAACUUUUCUCUAUCUACAGGUCAUGAAAUCAUUUCCAGUUUACCACUGCAGAUGUCCCUCUAUUUCAAUGUCUAUUUUUUCCCAUUUUGGUGGCUCACCGCAGUUGUUAUGCUCCAUCUGAAGUAUCCAGUCUUGUCAGAUGACUACAAGUUCAUCCUGGUCACAGUCAUGAUCCUGACCCCUCUAAUAGAGGUCAUCCGACUCUACCUGGGAUACAUGGGCAAUCUGCAGGAGAAGGUCCCUGAGCUGGCUGGGUUUUGGCUCCUGAGUCUCCUCCUGCAGUUGCCUAUAAUUCUCUUCUUGCUAUUUAAUGAAGGUCUGAAAAUUCUGCCACUGGAGCGAGCAGUCCAUACCGUCUUUGCCCUUUUCCUUACCUUCCAAGUCAUUGCAGGCUUUGUCACCCUGAAAAGGAUGGUGAACAAACUGCCAACUCGCAUCCACCUUAAUGAAUUUGAUCAGCUGGAGCAUUAUCCUGUGCCCCAUUUUUACAGCCUGAGUAAAUACAACAGAGCUGUUACCAUGGCUGGUGGGGCCCCAGUACUGGCUGGGGAUCACACAUGGAGAGCCUGAGAAGCUAACAGAGGUGGGCCUGGUGUGGCAGCAGCUCUGUUGUUGGAUUAUUCCUUACCUUUCUACAUCAGAGAUAGUAAAAAAUAGAUCUUGCUUAAGAGCCAACAUUAAACCUCAAAGAUUGGAGCUCCCCUCUGCAAGAAAAAUUGAACCUAAUUACAUAACUGGCUUAAGUGGACUAUUUGUGGGCUGUUACUUCAUAGAGUACCAACAGAGUAGACUUGGUGGUUUUUACAUUUUACAAAGUCAUGUGGCACUUAAAAACAGAGGCCUUUUGUCUUCACUGUUUGCACAGAAUUGUUUUGUUUACAAUAAAUCUUGUAUACAUGUUUUUAUUUGUGUUGACA